CCCUGCCCUGCGCCGCCCUUCCCACCUCAGACCCCAGGAGCGGCGGGGACGGUGACAGAUGCUGGCAAUCGCGGCCGGCCGGGAGCGCGCGGGCCUCUCUGCUCUUCCUGCCACACUCAAUAUGGCCGCCGGCCACCCUGCCCUCCCCCGUCCCAGCAGCCCCCGCGCCCGCCCCCUCAGCACCCCCCCGUUCCCAGCGUGUCCCGCGCGGCCCCGCCGGAGCCGCAAGAUGGCGGACACAAUGAGGGGGAGCCGCCUCUCCGCGGCCUGACCGCGCCGAGCCCGCCGCCCUCCGCCGGCCCCGCGGCCCCUGAGCGCCCCUCACCGCCGCUGAGCGCCCCGCCCCGCCCGGCCCGGCCGUUCCCGCCGCCGCCCGCAGCCCCGCCCGGCUGCCCUCAGCGCCGCCGCCCUCGCUCAGUGCGGCCCGGCGGGCGGGAUGAAGCUGACGGACAACGUGCUGCGGAGCUUCCGCGUGGCCAAGGUCUUCCGCGAGAACUCGGACAAGAUCAACUGCUUCGACUUCAGCCCCAACGGCGAGACCGUCAUUUCCAGCAGCGACGAUGACUCCAUCGUUCUCUACGACUGCCAGGAGGGCAAACCAAAGAGGACCCUGUACAGUAAGAAGUAUGGAGUGGACCUCAUCAGAUACACACAUGCUGCCAACACUGUUGUGUACAGCUCCAACAAAAUAGAUGACACAAUCCGAUACCUCUCCCUGCAUGACAACAAAUACAUUCGCUAUUUCCCGGGGCACACAAAAAGGGUGGUUGCUCUUUCAAUGUCUCCAGUGGAUGAUACUUUUAUUUCUGGAUCUCUGGAUAAAACUAUUCGUCUCUGGGAUCUCCGCUCUCCAAAUUGCCAGGGUUUAAUGCAUCUCCAAGGGAAGCCAGUGUGUUCUUUUGACCCAGAAGGGUUGAUUUUUGCUGCUGGAGUCAAUUCUGAAAUGGUGAAGCUUUAUGAUCUCCGUUCUUUUGACAAGGGGCCAUUUGCCACGUUUAAGAUGCAGUAUGACCGAACGUGUGAGUGGACAGGCCUGAAGUUCAGCAAUGAUGGCAAACUCAUCCUCAUCUCCACCAACGGCGGCUUCAUCCGGCUCAUCGAUGCCUUCAAAGGAGCUGUCUUGCACACGUUUGGGGGUUAUAACAAUAGUAAGGCUGUCACGCUGGAGGCAUCAUUCACACCAGACUCUCAGUUCAUCAUGAUAGGUUCAGAGGAUGGGAAGAUCCAUGUUUGGAAUGGAGAAAGUGGGAUGAAGGUGGCUGUCCUAGAUGGAAAACACACAGGUCCUAUAACCUGUCUGCAGUUCAAUCCAAAAUUCAUGACUUUUGCUAGUGCAUGUUCCAAUAUGGCAUUUUGGUUGCCAACUAUUGACGAUUAACUCCUGCACUGCGGCCGCUGUGGAUGGCUCCGUACUGCUAACAGCAGCACGUCACUGCAAGCAUAGUUCUGGAAUUGCCUCCAUCUCCUAGACUGUUCCUGCUCCUGUGUAUUUUCCAUGUCUUACCUUUAUCUACAGCAUUCCGUUGGGAGGACUGCUCCUCUUGGCCUCCUGGCACGCUCCAGAAGCAGUAUGCUACAAGUUCUUACCUUCCAGGCCCAGCAGGCUUUAGCCUAAGAUGGAACUGACACAGUGUCAUUUCUUAGAGCCCUGAAGUCUGUUUUAUCUACAAAAUGUUUGUGGCAUUUUUUAAAGCUGUAAUUAUGUGUUUUCCUGCUGUAAAUGCACAAGGCUAUUGAUGUUCCAAUGUGGAGCGUGCAGUUCCUUUCCAUAAGUGCAUGUUUUUAACGUCUGGGAUCUCUGGUUUCACUGCAGUCCACAGAUGCAAAUACUUCUGUGCCAAAUGUGAACACUGACAGUUUUCAACGGCAGAUGCUGGAUUCUCUUGCAGUGGAACAUGCACCAGAAGUGUGGGUAGCUGUGAACGUACCUCAUACGUCUUCUCAUCCUUUGUUUUUGGCUAUUUAGUGUGCAGCUGCACAGGUUUCAUCCACUGUCAGAGAUUGCCAAAGCCUCACUGCUGUUUGCUGUGUCAACAUCCUGGAGGUGCAGACAGCACUGCUGAGGUCCAGCCAGUGUCCUGAGCAAUAAAGGAGUCUGUCAGCAGAAGAUGGAGAAACCACACUGAGACUGAAAGCACAGUCUGCCUGUGUAUCUUCCUUAUGUACCAUCUUGGCUGAUCCUACUUGUAAAUAUCAUGGGGUGGGUGGGCAGUGGGAAUGGGCCAUAUUUUUUUACUUUUAGAUAUAAAAGAAUAUUAUGUGGGCCAGUAAUGUGAGGUGUCUAGGCUGUUUACUUUCACCGAUGCAGUUUUCCGCCCCUGGUUUGUAAAUAAGCUCCAUGAAAUUCAUCCCACAGCAGGCUUAGACUGGUAUCCCUUUGUUGGUAAAACUGAUGCAGGUAUUCCAUCACACAGCUUGGCACUGGUCUGCAGGUUUUUGGUGAUAGCUCCAAAAGAGCCAUGCAUCCUUUGUCAUAUGGUGUCUUCAGAAAUGAAUUUUAAAAUCUUAGGCAUGACUGUGCUGACUCUGCUUUGCUGUGGCCCUGCUCCAAGGAAUGCCCCUGCAGAGUGAUGGGGAGGGACAUGAUCUCCUGCCUCAGGGGCUUGUAGCACUGAAAAGCUGGCUGGCUGGUCUUCAAGCCCAGUUCCAGGAUUUUUUUCCUGAAAUGCUGCUUCAAUGGAAUGCAUUCACCAGCAAGCUGGGACAGGCUUGGCAAAAAUGUAGUGUUCACUGUAUUUUUGCCUUUCCAAACACACUUGGGGUUGUGCUUGAGAAGUCUGUUCUUUCCCUUGCCCAGCCACAUGUGCUUCCCUGCUCAUAAAUAUGAAAAGCUGGCAAGGUGACAAGGCAGUAACAAGCGUGUUCUCUCUGCUCUCCAGGGCCACUCCAUACUGGCAAACCAUGCUGGAGCAUUUUCCUUAGGUCAGUUUCCUGAUGUUCCCCUGUUACAGCAAAGUUCAUCUCAGCUGUAUACGGUUCACAUCAUGACUCCCUGGAAAAGUAAAUGCCUUGUAGAACAGCUGCUUCUGGUUUGCUGUUUCUUGCCUUUGUUUUUGCCCAGGGAAAGGUGCUGUGCUAAGAGCUGGGGACAGGCACUGAGCAUUUCUGUGCUGCUGGGUGGGUUCAGGUUGCAGCACUUGGCUGUGGCAGUGCAGGAGCUGUGCCCACACGGGGCAGGCUCACACUGUCUGUGCUGUGGUUGUGGCUCUGCUGCUGCUGCUGCCACACAGGGCAUUUCUAAGCACAGCUGUGCCGUGUGAGUUGGCCAUCCUCCAGCAGGGUGAUGGAUGCUUUCCCUCUGCCACACAGGCCUGCUGCUGGAGAUGCAGAUGAGAGGUUCAUGCCACCCCUCUCCUGUGCUGUCCCACCGUUGCCUAUAAAUAAAACUGGCCUGUGCAAAGGGAGGUGGUUUUGUCGGGCCUCAGUCACUUUAACUCAGCAGUGUUGCAUUUCAGGCUGUUUGGUGCUAUUUUACCUUCGUUGGUAUUUGCAGUGCUUUGUAAAAUACAAAUAUUUGGGGUUUGUAGUGUGUUUUAACGGUCAAACUUGAGCGUCCAGUAGUAAAUUAUCUUUGAGGUUUUUCAAGUCUUUUGCCUGAGGAAGUGAACAGAUACCCUCUGGCCAUAUUCCUUGUUACUUUUGACAGGGAAGCAUUUGCAAGUCUUUUAUUCUAUAAAAGCUCUCUGUUAAUGUGGUUUUGAGCGCUUGUCUAGAGGUUGUUGUUCAGCUCUCUUCUGCUUGCAGUGUUGUAAAACAUGGUGUGUUGUGGCAUGGAAUGUUGAAGGAAAAGGGAACCAGAGGAGUGGUUUAGGAGGAUGCACAGCAAGCACAUCGUGGCUUUCUGGAGUGAAGAGGGAUGUUCAGGCUCAUGCAGUAGUUCUCCAUUCAGGGUGGCAGCUGAGCACCUUCCCAGGGCCCACUGCCACCCAGGGAGGCAGAGACAGCUCUGUUGAUGUAGCAUGGAGUGCUUUCCAUCUGGCUUUAAAAGAGGGGAAUGUGCCAAGUGUUGUCAGGGAACAUGAGGAUUGUGUGUUUCAGACAGUUGGACAGGAAAGGUGAAUAAGCUUUUAGCUUUCAGCUUCUACAUGCUUCUCUAGGAGUCCCAGGGCUGCAGUUCCUGUGUUCUUUAGGGCUGCCAGCUAAUGAGAAACAGAUCUGAUGGAAAACAGCCUUCCCAGGUCUGACAAAGUGGCCAAACAGCAAACAGCAUUCCCCCUCCAAAUCUGACAUGUAAAUCCUCCCCAUGUUCUUUGGGAUGAAUUAAGGAGCUUUCUUCAGAACAAGGGGGAAAUGAGACUCAAGAGCCCACCUCUAAGUGAGCAGUGUGGUGGCUGAGCACAUCUGCCUGGGCUGUAGGAGAUUUCAGGUGGAAUUCUCCAAGUCAGUCUUGAAAGAUUUUUUUAUUCCUUUAUUGAAGCUCGCAGGUCCUGGAUUUGUGCCCCAGUCCCUUUGUGCUUUGGAGAGUGCAGGAGCGAUUGAGUGACACAUUUGGAAGCAGCAGGGUAUUUUUUUCCAAUGCCUCUUGGCUAUUUUAGCACUUUAAGAGACUUCACCUUGGUUUUGGGUCAGGGGCAGGAACCUGGUGAGCCUUUCACAAACUGGUCUCUGUGGUCGUGAGCUGCUCUAGGGAGUUGGACUCCUCGGUGGUAUCUGCCAGUGAGUGUAAAUACAUAAAGUCAAAUUAUGCUUUGUCACAAAAUACUACCUAUGUGGAGAAUUCAAUGUUGUGGCUGUGACCAAUAAAUAUUUUGUAGAGAGACCA